AUGGAGGAACCACAGAGUCUGCGGUCUCUGUUUGCAUCGGCAAAGGAACAAAAGGAAACACUAGGAUCGCGGGGCGAUACCAACACAGAGGCAUAUCGCGACGAUGUGAACGCGACGAUCGCCAAAUUCCAAGAAUGCCAGCGCCAAAUCAGCAUCCUGUCCUUGUUCAGCUCUAACGAGUCACUUGAAGAUAUAUCAACCAAUGAUAUUCAGUACAUGUCACUGGAAUAUUUCCUUGCCGAACUUAUGCAGCGAGCUGCCACCACAGACCGUGAAUCUGCCCUGAAACGUGCACUGGAACAAUAUGAGAAAUUUCUCGGACGCUUGGAUGAGUAUGAAUUACUUUCCGAGGGAGAUAAGAAGCUCUUUGAGCAAUACAUAGCCAACCCGUCCUCGUGGACGCUGGCCCCAGCCAACGAUGCCGCAGCUCGACGGGAGAUUAAGGUCACGCGGUUUAGGGAGGAGAAAGAAUUGAAGCAGAAAUUGGAGUACCUGGCUCGCAACGAAGCGCGACUGCAAAGUGACGAUGACGACACCCGAUCCCUCUACCUCGCCGAGAUCCAACUCUACACACAUCAGACCUUCCAAGCUUUAGAUUUGCUGAUGCAGGAAUUGUCGAUACUGUCAGCCAUGCGCAAUGCCCCGCCUGCUCCACCUCAAGCCGACGACCCACGGCAGCGGAGUAAUAUUGGAGGAUUAAAUUAUUCAGAAAGGUUGGAUCCUUCAAUGUCUCAAUUGUUGAGGGGAGGAAGAGGCGGACCGAUUCUGAACAACAAAGGGAAACCCAUGCAACCGUUUACGCUGCUGGGCCGGCGUUCGGAAAUGCAGCAGGGUGUGUUCCGUUCUGGUCAUAACCUUCCUACCAUGACUAUUGAUGAGUAUCUUGAGGAGGAACAUAGAAGAGGAAAUGUUAUUGAGGGAGGUGGAGAGGCAUCCGGUAUUAAGCCGGAAGUUGAUGAGGACGAUCAUGCAAUUGCCGACCAGGAGACCAUGAAGGCCAGGUAUUGGGAUGAGUAUACUGAAGCUAAUCCUAAGGGAGCUGGUAACACAUUGAACCGGGGAUAA